AUGAAGUACUUUGUGCGGCGGCUAUACAGUUGGAUUAUGAACACUGCUCUAAAAGACCCUUCGGAUUGGAGCUCAGUUAAAAUACGUAACUACCAGGUUAUUGUACGUUUGCGCAUGGGCGAUUCGGUUUUGUCUAGUCAACUAGACGGACGGAAAGAGCGUGCUUCCAACAAGCUCACCUAUUCUUGCUCUUGUCUGCGCCUGCCAUCCGAUUCAGAUCCUACUUCUUAUUGCUUA